AUGGUGGAUUGCAAGAGAAGCAAUGGACAAUCGAUUCUGCCAAUCUUCUAUGAUGUUGAACCAUCGGAUGUGAACCAUCAAUCUGGGAGUUACGAGGAAGCCUUUUGCAAGCACGAGAACUGUUUUGAUGAAUGCACUGUUAUGAAAUGGAAAGAGGCACUCACACAGGUUGGAGAACUCCAUGGUUGGCAUGUCAACAAAGAAGCUGAUGGGCAUCAAGGGGAAUUAGUAGAAACGAUUGUUCAAACAGUGUCGUUGAACCUGAAGAAAAAAUGCAUGUUUACAAGUGACUACUUAGUUAUGAUUGAUGAUCAUCUGAAUGAAAUGAUGAGAUUAUUAAAUGUUGGUUCAAAUGAUGUAAGGAUUGUUGGUAUCCUUGGCAUGGGUGGUAUUGGCAAGACAACUAUUGCCAAGUCCAUUUACAACAAGCUCCUCCAAGACUUUAAAAAUUGUUGUAGCUUCCUUGCGGAUGUUCGGGAAAAGGUCAAACAAUACAAAGAUAAAGGUAUUGUUGAUUUGCAGAACCAGCUUCUCAACGACACUCUUAAACCGCACCCUCUCAUUACUAAUGUUAACGAUGGAAUCGAAGUUAUCAAAAGUUGAUUUCUCAAUAAGAAAGUUUUCAUUGUUCUUGACGAUGUGGAUGAAGAGUCUCAAUUUGAUUGACAUCGUGAUUGGUUUGGUCCAGGAACUAGGAUCAUAGUUACAACAAGAGACAAACAUGUUUUAAAUAGUCUUAAAGUGGAAGAGACUUACGAACCUCCAU